CACUGCACUCCCCGACUACUUGAUCCUUCAGCGGUACCAUUUGGCGCAGUUUCCUGCUACAUCCGCAGAACAAAGGCUGUUCAGUUAUUUAUUUCUUCAUUUCACACAUUUCUCCACAUAAAACAAUACACGAUGAGUUCCAUCAACGUGAAAAAACUGAAAGUCAACGAGCUGAAGGACGAGCUGAAAAAGCGCAAUCUCUCCGACAAGGGGCUUAAGGCCGACCUGAUGGACCGCCUGCAGGCCGCCUUGGACGAGGAGGCCGCCGCCGGUGACUCGCUCGAACAGGAGGCUACGGAGGACGAAGGCUUUGAGCAGGCCGCCGACCAAGAAUGCAUGGGGGAAGAGGAAGAGGGUGAGGGUCCGGUGGAAGAAAGCAUGGAGGCGAACGACGUGGAAGCGGAGGGCGAACAGAACGACGGCGACGACGACGACGACGUCGUUGCAGAAGAUGAGGAGAUGGGCGACGGGGAAGACGACGACGAAAUGGACCCGAUGCUCAAGCCCGACGUUGACGACAUGGAGAAAAUAGAUGCGGACGACGGUGAGCCGGAGGAGCAGGCUGCUGAGGGGGAUGCGGACAAAGACACGAAUGCUGAUCAGAAGAAUAAGAAGGGUGUUAAGAGACGCCGGGAGGAACAUGGAAGGGGCUACUUUGAAUUUAUUGAAGAGAGCAAAUACAGCUGGGCGUCAUUUAAAUCUCCCGUGCCGCCUUUGGAGGAAGAAGAUGAAGAGUUUGAUGAAACUAAAGUCUGCCUGGACAACUACAACUGCGACCUGCACUUUAAGGUGUCACGAGACCGCUACAGCGCCUCAUCACUCACAAUGGAGAGUUUUGCUUACCUCUGGUCCGGCGGCAAGGCCACAUAUGGAGUAAACAAAGGCAAAGCUUGCUUUGAAAUGAAGAUCACAGAAAAGAUUCCAGUGAAGCACAUUUCCAGUAAGAACAUGGAAAUCCAUGAUGUGCAUGUUGGCUGGUCUCUGUCUGCUGCGUCACUGCUGCUCGGUGAAGGCAUCCAUUCCUACGCAUACUCUGGGAAGGCAAAGAAGACCACAAACUCUGUGACAGAGGACUUUGGUGAAACAUUUGAUGAGAAUGAUGUCAUCUGCUGCCUUGCUGACUUUGAAGGGGAGGAAGUGGUUCUGUCAUUCUCGAAGAACGGCGGGGAGCCAGCAGAAGCCUUCCGUGUGAGCAAAGACGACCUGAACGGCCAGGCUCUUUUCCCCCAUGUCAUGUGCCACAACUGCGCUGUGGAGUUUAAUUUUGGCCAGAUGGAGACCCCGUACUUUCCCCCACCCCCGGGGUAUGAUUUCCUGCAGGAGAUUCCUGUCGAUGAGCGUUUGCGUGGACCACAGGGCCCGCAGACCAAGGCGGACUGUGAGAUCAUAGUGAUGGUUGGUCUGCCAGGGUCAGGCAAGACUACGUGGGUGAAGAAGCACGUCCAGGAGAAUCCUGGCAAAUACUACAUCCUGGGCAGUGACACGAUCGCAGAAAAGAUGAUGAACAACCUGAAUCGCCAAUCUAAAGAAUUCACAAAGCUGACUGCCAUUUCUCAGCGUGCACCACUUUUCUUGGGAAGGUUCAUUGAGAUUGCUGCCCGCAAAAAAAGAAAUUACAUCCUGGAUCAUACGAACUUGUCUGCCGCAGGACAGAAAAGGAAGAUGUGCUUUUUUGCGGGCUUCCAGCGCAAAGCAGUGGUGGUGGUCCCCUCCGAUGAUGACUAUAAAGAGAGAGUCCAAAAGAAAGUUGAAAGUGACGGCAAAGAAGUUCCUGAACAUGCGCUUCUCAAAAUGAAAGGGUUUUAUUGUCUACCUGAGGAGGGAGAGAGUUUCCAUGAGGUGGUUUUUGCGGAGCUGCAGAAGGAUGAUGCUGUCAAGGUGCUGGACCAGUACAAAGAGGAAAGCAAGUCAGCCCUGCCUGCAGAGAAGAAACCCAACCAGGGAAGCACCACACCCAAACGAGGCGGGGGAGCUCGUGGGGGUGGUAGCGGUGGCCGCGGGGGCAAGAACCAAUUUGGUCGCGGCAGUGGGCCCGUUCAGAGAGGUGGAGGCCGCGGAGGCUUCCAGAACAGAGGCAACUUCAGAGGAGGACCUGGCCCUCGCGGUGGCUUCAACCGCCCCCCUCGUGGCUUCCUGCCACCCCCAGCCUUCAGAGGAGGCUACCCCAACCGCGGUAACUUCAACCGUAGCAGCGGUCCCAUUCCCAGCCUCGGCGGAUCCCCCAGAGGUGGACCGAUGAGGGGCAACAUGGGACCCAGAGGCGGGCACAUGGGCAGAGGAAACAUGGGCAGGGGUGGAGCCGGCAUGAGUCGUGGCGGGGGUAGAGGACAUCACAACCAGUUUCAGCAGAGAGGUGGUGGCCGUGGCAACUACGGCAAUAAGAAUGGUAAUUUUGGCAACAGGAACAGCGGCAAUUUCGGCAACAGGAACGGCAUGGACAAAGCCCAAGCCUUCAACCAGAGCUGGCAACAAGGGUUCUGGAACCAGAAGCCAUGGAGCCAGCAGUAUCAGCCUGGAUAUUACUAACACUACACUUACUCUGAUGGACUGCUGGCCACAUUGAAAACCACUCUAGCCACGGACCAUUCUUCCUUCCUCCCUCCCUUCUCCGUCUUUUCAUCAUACAAUCCGCUUUUAAGAAUCUAGAAAGACAACAUGACUGACAAGCAACAUGGUCAACAUUCCACUCCUUGGGGAGACCAGGCGACAUGAGAAGAUCUAAAGACACUUGGACACAACAUUUAUUGUUUUCUUAUGUUGUAUAUUUCAUUUAAUUUGCUGUUCACUCCUUUUUAAACCACAUGCUUUUAAAAGAAAACGUUUAACAUAAAUAACCACACACCUUUGGCAUGCCUGGCAAGCUUUGUUUCCAGGGUUGUGCAUUUUUAUGUGGUUUUCCUUUGGCUUUCUUAUGCUGAAUUGUACAUAUUUGUUUUGCGUAGUUAAAAAAAAUAAUAAUGGGAAGGUAUGUUAGAAGGUGAUAUUGUUUUGUCAAUGGAGUCCACUGUCCAAGUUAUAGCUGCAGAUGAGUUCCUUAUUAACUGUAACUUCAUAGAUUUGCAAUAAACUCAACUUUGGCUCUUUUUUUAUUUAAAAAAAAAAAAGUCUCGUUUUGAUAUUUGUUGGCUCAUUUUUCACCAGCAAACCAAAAAGGGCUACAUAGUUCACUUCAAUCCACACUUUUUAUAUCUACCGUUAUCGUUUCUGAACAGCUUUUGCUUCUUCUCUUCCUCCAAGAGAUUUUAAAGCAUGUAAGUACUUCAUUCAACUGCCACUGUAGUGUGAUGAAUGUUAGUUUGCCCGCGUCCUGCUGUGUGGUCCACUAUGUUUAAAUGUUGAGGAUUUAUCUAUUAGAAUGCAAUGCUUUGUGUUUCCACACAAAUCAAAUGGCUAUAUUUUUAUUUUUGUUGCUUUAUGUUUAUCAGGUCCUCCUAUUAAACUAACAGCGCCACAGGUUGGUUGUCUUUUGUAUCUCGUACGUCCAUGAAAGUUAUAAUGCAGUUUAUGGUAAUAAACAUUGAUGUUUAUUCAUCAAAUUGGGAUACAUGGUGAUUUUUUUUCGCCAUGACGCACCCAACGCUGCACAUGGUAUUAACAUUAAAUGAACUUCGUACACCCCCACUCUAAACAGAUAUUCCUGUAACACUCAAACCCUGUAGUGGGGCAAAUUGCACGCUAUCUGACUGGCAUGGCGGUGGUAUCCUGUGACGCGCUCAACAUUCAUGCACGCAAAAUACGACUAUGACUAUGACGUUAAAAAAAAGACGUAAAAAUACAUCACAUUUCAAAAAUGACCAAUUAAAGCCGCAGGAAAUAACCGGUAGUUUACGAAUUCGCAAAUAACUUUUUUGUAUAAUUGUGUAUAUAUUAUUGUGUGUAUGCAUAUAUAGUGUUAUAUAU